CAUCACGCACACCAUUUUUGGGUUCGUAGAGUGCAUUCGCAAAGCGGGCGCUACUGGGCCCAUCCCGCCCUACCUCACUUCCAUAAAAGCCGGCAUCGAGCCCAUAGUUACUAUCUCAAGCUCCGCCACAGGAGCUCUAGUGAUACUCCAGCGACAACUUUAGGGAGGGUCUUCAUCGCCACCACAAUAACGGCUUUGACAGUUGCGACUUCUUUGCCGCCUUUCUCUACUUUCAUCCUCCACAUAUAUUAUCCCCAUUGAAAUAGUCCGACCUACACGGACUAGCUUCGUUUUCUCUCGCCAAGGCACGCCUGCAGUUUUCGUAACCGUCAUACAGCGCCCAACUCGCUCCUAGAUUCGAAAUGGCACGCUCAGCAGUUUUCGCCGCCCUGGCUGUGGUCCUCAUGGCCGUGGCAUCAGAGGCGUCCUACUUAACAGGGACCAAGUUCCCGUUUGAGAACUGCGUCCAAAACACCCAGUUCUCUCCUUACUAUGCCACCCUGGUCUCCUACUCUGAGAACGCGGUUAAGCAGACCAGCCAGAUCUGUCUUCAGCUGCACGUGGCGCCAACUUGCACCAUUGGGCGCCGCGAUGGCAAGCCCACGCGCUGCUGCAACACCGCCAUCAACAAGCUGAAGCUGUUCCCGGCCUUUGACUGCCGCGGCUCGAUCGCCAGCGCCACCAUUGCCAACAAGACCGUCACCAGCAUCUACUGGGAGGAGCAUGAGGGCUUUGACAUUGUCAAGGUGACCCCGCUGAUGGAGUGGCUGUCCAGCCCCGCCGCCGUGGACAACCAGGUCAUCUGCCUCAACCUGCGCAACCCCUGCUGGACCAUGGCCAUGCUCUCGUUUGACAAGGAGGUGCUGGAGUACGCCCUGUACGACAAGAAGGUCGACAACUACGAGUGCUGCCCUGUGGGCCUGAUGGAUGUGACCUAUGAGCCAUUCAAGGGCACCCUGACCUCGGGCCCCAGCGGCAGCGUGCAAAUUGAGCCCGCCAUGUCUGGCAGCCCCAAGCCCUCCCCCGUGCCCAAGCCCUCUCCCUCUCCCUCCCCCGUGCCCAAGCCCUCUCCCUCUCCCUCUCCCUCCCCCGCGCCCAAGCCCUCUCCCUCGCCCAACAAGAAGGGCAAGUCGCCCAAGCCCGCACCCUCGCCCAAGGUCAAGAAGUCACCUAAGCCCAGCCGGGGUUGAUGAGUUGAGCUUAAAUGAAAAGAGCUCAAUACGUAAGGCUCAGUGUGUAUAGGCCUUGUCUGCAGUGAGCUACAGUAUGGCAUGUGGGUGGGAAUGAGCGUGUAGGCGCCUGCGUCUGCGCGCUUGCGCAUGCAUACGCCGAUGGGCCUAGGGGCGUGCCAUGCCCCUUGCAGGCUGCAUUCGGUGUUAGUGGCGGGUAUAAGGGGGCGGAUCAAUGUGCAAGUACAAACCUUAGGGCACUAGCUGCCAGCGACACAUUGAUACACUCCUCAUAGAACUUCAAAUUGAUUCAACUAGCGCAUUCACUAGUUAUUGCCGGAGUCGGCCUACGCUAGCUCUAGUAGGCUUGCGACUGUGGUACGUGGCAGGACACGGUAGGACACGCACGGAAGUCAAGGCCGCAUGCCUGAAGGCGGCAUACCUAGCUAGCAUUUUGUGGAGCUCAGCCAUGGAAGAGCGGAGCGGCCAGGGGAAUAGAUGCGGGAAAUCGACCACGGAGUGGAUCGCCAAGGCGGCCUCAUAAGUUGCGAGCCCGGCAUUGGAAAGCUGAAUGAGCCACAGCAGUGUAAAGCAUCGUUGCUC